CUAUGAAUAAGAUGCAAGCGUUCAGGCAUCUAAAUGCUGACUGCUGGAAUGUCAGACCCCAUUUGAGGCACACAGUGAUAAAGAUGAGUGAAUGCACAGUUCCGACUUUCGGGAUCCAUGACAUCAUCGUAUGCCCAUGGAAAGAUAGCUUCAAGAUGACUAAGAUGACUGUUCAAUAAUUUAAUCCAUAGUAUACCAUGUUGUAUUGACGUCUUUUUAUUUCUAAACAGUUGCUGAUUCCCAGUAUUUCUCAUUAUAUAGAUUCAUAAAAUGAAAAGACUAACAAUUAAAGGGAGAGGAAUGCUGAUUUUAAUACACGACACUUUAGAACACAGUUAAGAGGAUUACAUCACAACACUCAGUUCCAUUGCUAGUUGCAUAGCAACUAGCAAGAAGUAAAUGAAUAUUCUAAAUCAGUAACACAGAACUACCAGAGCAGGGCUGUGACACAUCUAAAGCAGAAUGAACAGCACAUUUAAUGAACAGGGGUAUGUUUUCUGUUUCUAGGUUCUUGAAAUUUAGGAGCAAAUAAGGAUCAGUCUUCCAAGAGAGGCAGAAAGAGAGACAGUCCUUCAGGAAGUACUGUCUGAAACACUCAUCAACAGGAAAAGAGAUGAAAGAAUCUACAACAAAGAUGGCCAGAUCCCGGGAGCACAACCCACUGCUCUGACUUCAGGGAUUGAGCUCUUCACAGUGUGUGCGUGUAUUCUCCUGCCUCAAAGAUUGCACUGAAACUGCAGCUGGACAAUGGGAAAAGGGAAGAAGUCUGCUGGGCCCAAAGGCAAGAAGAUUACCCUGAAAAUCGCCAAGAACUCCCUGAAAAUGACGAUAGACGGCAAGCGCCGCCUCGACCUCAGCAACAUGGGGAUCACCACCUUCCCCAAGUGCAUUCUCAAACUGGCCGACGUGGACGAGCUGGACCUGAGCAGGAACAUGUUAAAAAAGAUUCCAGACUACAUUGACAAGUUCCAGAACCUCCGCUGGCUGGACUUCCACAGCAACCAAAUAGAACAGCUUCCGGAAACCAUAGGGCAGCUGCAGAACCUCUUUUACUUCAACCUCUGCAACAACAGGCUGACAUCCCACACUCUCCCAGCAGAGAUCGGCCAGCUGAAGAGCCUGCGGGUCCUCAACCUUGGCAUGAACAACAUAGAGUGCCUUCCGUCAUCUAUCGCUGCGCUGAAGGAGCUACAGGAGCUAGGCCUGUUUGACAACAGCUUCACCACACUGCCAGACACAAUCUCUAAACUUCCCAAGCUCAAGAAGGUCAAUACAAAACGAAACCCUCUGACCAAACCCGGCGACGACAAGGAUGCAGACCCCAUUAAACGUGUGGAGAGCCUAUAUUUAAUCCACGAUAAUUCCCUGUGCAAGCCUUGCAUGAAAAAGUGCAAAGACGAGAGAGACAGGCUGAAUAAGCUCAGGAACUCAGCACCCUCGCAGAAGAAGACCAAUUUCUCCGGACUGGUGACUCCAAACUCCACGGCACAGGAAACACAGGCUCUAUGGAGGUGAACGGUGUUUACAGCUCUGCGAGGUCAUUCAAAGACAUGCUGCAUAUGAACCAAGGCUAUUUGUUUUACCCAAGUCUUCCUUCAAUUAAUUACUAUAAACAAAUAAAUAUGGAGAAAUAUUAUACCAAACUCACAUUUUUCUUACUUUAGUCAUCGGUAACCUGUAAUGGACAAAAUAAUAUUAAUAAUACCCUUACAAUUAUAUGGUGGUUUCCUGGAUACUCCACGCAAAGCACAUUACAGGUAAUGAGGACACCCGUCCACCACCACCACUGUGCAGCAUCACAUACUGUAUGUAGCACCUGGAUGAUGCACACAGGCUGCACACAGUCGUAAAAGGGCUUCAGCCACAGUUCUGUCCAAUUAUCUUUCUAUUGCCCAGCAGCUGCAUUGCCUGAAUAUACUGAAUAUUCCUGCACAAACAAACACAGAUGCACAUGCACACAAGUUAUGCCUCCUGAAAGGAGAGAGAAACUGGACAGCCUGCAGAAUCCCCACAGGAACACACCGAGAGCACACAGAAGACACCCCAGAUGGCAACUUGAACUGCCACACCCCCCUGCAGCCCACAACACGAUUUGACUAAACCAAAAUCAAGCGGAUUUCAUGGGAAAUCAAUUUUCAGGUCAGCUUCAGAACAGAUCUACACUUAAUGAAACACAAACCAAUCAUAACUGAAGUGGUGUCAACUGGAGGCAGAAUGAAAUGGAAUAGUACUGUAUUCCCGCAAAAGCAUUUUGGCACAAAUGAAUAUUAACAUACAGUACCAAGCGUACACAAUGUAACUUAAUUGUCUCGCCUAAAAUAAUUGGCACUGUAAGUGCUUUCUGGAUCUGCAAUUCCUGGUUUAAAUAAAGACUAUUCUGUACCUGCUGCAAUCUAAAGAACUGAUGUUAAUUGCUUUGCAAUAUAUUUAAACAGGCCACUAAAUCAAAACAAUUCACUCGCCAGUGAGCAUUCUUCAGAUAAAUGAAGGCAUGACGUUUAACCUCAGACUAGGAACAAAUUUUAGCAUUGGGCAGCAGGGGAUAACUGUUUACAUUUGUAAAGGUUAGUAAAGAGAUCAUAGUAUAAAAAUAAAACAAAUUUAAUUUAAAAAUCUCAAAGAGCUUCUAUUGGAGAAUAAACUGGUACAGCAUGUAAUUUAAAAACUGUAACUAAUUUAAAAACUGGACUUUAUGGGGAGCUUCUCUAUCAGUGGAUCUAUCAACUCUAUCAGUGGAUUAAAAUACUUAAAUUUCCUACGGAGAGUAUCUCUUUUUAAUUAAUUCCACUGACUUUUGUUACUUUUUGUUUAAAGCCUGUAUUUCACUCACAAUUCCGUUAACGAUAGCAGCUAUUUGGUAUUCACAGGAAACUCAUAUGCAUCUCCUGAGACAAAGCUAUUAUAGCUCAUAACAAAUUAUGGAUUAUGAAAUGUAAACUGAUUAAGCUCUGUAGCCAAUAAUAAGCAAAACAUUAGACACAAUCAGAUAACUGAGGUUCAAAGUGAUUAUGCCAAGCUAUGGUAAUGUCAGCCCGAGAAUCUUUUUACUUCAGUCUUGCAUAUGAUUUACAGUCGAGGUACAUUAUUUUAUUAGAUACACAUAAUGGCUCCCAAAAUUAAAAACUGAAGGAGGAGCGAGAGAAUGCGUUUUGGACAAACACUGAAAUAUUAGUUGCAGGGGGCUCACUGUACCCUUGCACACAAUUACCAAGUGGGAAUGCUAAAUUCAUUGAAUCCUAUUGCUGUGAUAAAGCAUCUGUAGAAUGCUCACUGGCUUUCAUCAGGUUGGGAGGGAAUUUUCUUGUUUUAGCAGUCAUGUAUCAGUAUCAGUAUAACGAGUCGGAUUGUGAUAAACUGUCAUGUGUCUCUGAGAUUAGGAAUGUGAAGUAAAUGUACCGCAUUGUAAAAGAGUAGAUCUUGUCCAGGAAUGGGUUCAAGACUUCUAGGAGUCCGCUGUUUCAAAUAAUUAAUGUCUCAGCCAUUGGUUUUGGUAGAAAUAGAUAAAUAAUCAAAAGACUUAAUAGCAGACUUAACUACUACCGAACACAUGGCUUGUGUGGCCUCAGAUCGGCUGUUUCUAUGAUGUCUUAUAAUUAGCUAAACUGAUACGACGCUUGGACUGUAUUGG